AUGCCUUGGGGUGAGACGACGAUCACCCUACAUGAUGUCGCAUUGAUUUUGGGGUUGCGUGUUGACGGUCUAGCAGUGCACGGUGAUUCUAUUGAGGAGAGGCCUAUGUGUGAGUUGUUGCUAGCUGAGGUUCUUGAUUUGGACAUGGUCGAGGCGCAUGCCAAGCUCGGCAAUAGUGGGAUAAAAUGGUCGGAGUUUGUGGAGCGUGUGCGCAGUCGGUCUCGAUCUUGUCGGCAGAAGGUGGUAGGAUAUUUGACGUUUUUGAUCAGUAUGGCUUUGUUCCCCGACCGGAGUAUAGACAGGUUCAAGCCAACGUGGAUGAGAUAUUUUUCCGAUCUCGAGCACGUCGGCGAAUAUGCUUGGGGUGGAGCUGUCUUGGCUCAUUUAUACCGACAGUUGGGCUUGUGCUGGAUUUAUGAGUACUUUCGCCCUUUGCGAGCACCUAUUAAUUCGGAUUAUAGAGAGAUGCAGCCUCGUUUCCUGAAAUGGAAACCACGCAAGGGUAUUUCGGACUUGAUCUCGGUCCGAAGGAUGCUUGAUGAUAUGCAGGCCGAUCAGAUUGACUGGAUGCCUUACGGUCCGCACGUACAUAGACGCGUUCCGCGUACAUUAUAUUAUGGGUGCAUACCGUUUAUGGAGAUUAUCGAGCCAUAUUUACCGGAUCGCGUCCUUCGGCAGUUUGGCUUUAGACAGACCAUACCGCAGUGCUACAUUCAGUCCGGAGAGCCGUGCCUACGUGGUCCGCUUGGAGGGCAGACAUACCGGAUAUGGUAUGAUCCUCCAGGCGAGGAAUGGAUGGACCUGGCUGCCAGCUCGAUUACGUUUGACGGUAGGACAUUAGCCUGA